AUGGCCUGGGUUCAGGUGAAUGCAGGCGUGUGUACCCGAGGCGUUAUUCCGCGGUUCGAAGUGGCCCAGGGUCUGUGCGACGCCAUCCGCCUGGACGGUGGCCUCGACCUGCUAUUGCGGCUGCUGCAGGCCCCGGAGUUGGAGACUCGUGUGCAGGCCGCGCGCCUGCUGGAGCAGAUCCUGGUAGCCGAGAACCGGGACCGCGUGGCGCGCAUAGGACUAGGCGUGAUUCUGAACCUGGCGAAGGAACGUGAGCCGAUGGAGCUGGCUCGGAGCGUGGCGGGGAUCUUGGAGCAUAUGUUCAAGCACUCCGAGGAGACGUGCCAACGGCUGGUGGCGGGUGGUGGCCUGGACGCGGUGCUGUAUUGGUGCCGCCGCACAGACCCGGCGCUACUGCGCCACUGCGCACUGGCGUUGGCCAACUGCGCGCUGCACGGGGGCCAAGGGGCGCAGCGGCGGAUGGUGGAAAAGCGCGCCGCCGAGUGGCUCUUUCCCCUCGCCUUCUCCAAGGAGGACGAGCUGCUGAGGCUGCACGCCUGCCUCGCGGUGGCGGUAUUGGCAACCAACAAGGAGGUGGAGCGAGAAGUGGAGCGUUCGGGCACGCUAGCGCUCGUGGAGCCGCUCGUGGCUUCGCUGGAUCCUGGCCGCUUCGCCCGCUGUCUGGUGGACUCCAGCGACACCCGCCAGGGCCGCGGGCCUGAUGAUCUGCAGCACCUCGUGCCGCUGCUCGACUCGUCGCGCUUGGAGGCUCAGUGCAUCGGGGCUUUCUACCUUUGUGCUGAGGCUGCCAUCAAGAGCCUGCAGGGCAAGACCAAGGUGUUCAGCGACAUCGGCGCUAUCCAGAGCCUGAAACGCCUCGUGUCCUACUCCACCAACGGCACCACUUCGGCGCUAGCCAAGCGUGCGCUGCGUCUGCUGGGCGAGGAGGUGCCGCGGCGCAUUCAGCCGUGCGUGUCCAGCUGGAAAGAGGCGGAGGUCCAGACGUGGCUGCAGCAGAUCGGCUUCUCCCAGUACUGCGAGAGCUUCGGGGAGCAGCAGGUAGAUGGAGAUCUGCUUCUGCGCCUCACGGAGGAGGAACUGCAGACCGACCUAGGGAUGAGAUCGGGCAUCACCCGCAAGAGGUUCUUUAGGGAGCUCACAGAGCUCAAGACCUUCGCCAACUAUGCUACGUGUGACCGCAGCAACCUGGCUGACUGGCUGGGCAGCCUGGACCCUCGCUUCCGCCAGUACACCUAUGGCCUGGUCAGCUGCGGCCUGGACCGCUCCCUCCUGCACCGUGUGUCUGAGCAGCAGCUGCUGGAGGACUGUGGCAUCCGCCUGGGUGUGCACCGCUCGCGCAUUCUCUCCGCAGCCCGAGAAAUGCUCCACUCUCCACUGCCCUGUACCAGUGGCAAGCUCGGUGGGGACACUCCAGAUGUCUUCAUCAGCUACCGAAGGAGCUCAGGCUCCCAGCUGGCCAGCCUCCUGAAGGUGCACCUGCAGUUGCACGGCUUCAGUGUCUUCAUCGACGUGGAGAAGCUGGAAGCUGGCAAGUUUGAGGACAAGCUUAUCCAGAGUGUCAUGGGUGCUCGCAACUUUGUGCUGGUGCUCUCGGCAGGGGCACUGGACAAGUGCAUGCAGGACCAUUAUUGCAAAGACUGGGUGCAUAAGGAGAUUGUUACUGCUUUGAGCUGUGGCAAGAAUAUUGUGCCCAUCAUUGAUGGCUUUGAGUGGCCUGAGCCCCAGGCUCUGCCUGAGGACAUGCAGGCAGUGCUUACCUUCAAUGGCAUCAAGUGGUCCCACGAGUACCAGGAGGCCACCAUUGAGAAGAUUAUCCGCUUCCUGCAGGGCCGCUCCUCCCGAGACUCAUCUGCAGGCUCUGAUACAAGUUUGGAGGGGGCUGCACCCAUGGGCCCACCUUAACCAGACCCCAGUUUCCAAGCCCUGCUAUGGCACCCAUUUCCUCCCGAAAGUACAACGCCUGGCCAGUCUGGGCUGAGACAGCCUGGGCUCUUCUCAGGAAGUGGCUCUCCCUGUCCCUCACCCUCCUGGCCCACUUCAAACCUCAGUAUAUGGAAGGGAAAGAACUCAGGCAUGGGGGUGGGAGAGUGCUCCUCUACCCUCAGGCCCUGCCGUCAGGUCCCCUGUCUUCCACACCAACUGUGUCGCUGCUUAGUUGUGGAGACACAGGAGAUGGUGGUGGGUUACUGCAAGUUCUCCAUCUCCUACCCCGAGGGUAGCUGGCUUGAGAAGGGUGAGAGUAGGCAGCCUCUGACAGGAAGGAAGUGGGCAAUGCCCAGGCCUCCUGUGCCUGGCCUCAUAGUCCAAGCAAGAGCCUGGGCCCAGGCGGCAGCCAGGGAUGAGAGUCCCACAGUGGCUGUCCACUCCGACUGUGCCUGCCCCUGGCUCACCACUUCCUGUUGCCAUGUGGCCUUGCCCUGUAACCACUCAGUGCCCCUCCCAGCCUUCCUUUGCAACAGCCUCCUUUGCCACAGCCAGGUUCAAGGUUAGGCUGAGCUGGCCAUCUGGCUGGUCUGUGGUACAGGAACCUCUGGCUUGGACCUGGGACUGGGCAGGGAGGCCUCUUUUCAAGCUCACCCUACCAUAUGCCUUGGUGCUAUGCCCGAGGCUCCUGCCUGGCCUGGGCCCUCUGGCUUCCCUCACUCCUCACCCACCCAGGGCUUCCCAUCCGCUUUCUCAGGGAAGAGAAGGACCAGGCAACCACCUGGCAGCACCAGUAGCCUGGGCAGAACUUACAGUUCUGUGGGAAGAGGCACGAUCCAGGAGGGCAAGGGUUAUUACCCUGGGCAGUUUCCCCAAGUGGAAAGUCCUUUGGGACUUCCUUUCAAAUCCUUUGGGAUGUCUGUUAAGAUUCACUUCAGGAGAUCCCAGGUGGGGCCUGAGAGUCUGCAUUUCUGACUCCCAGGAGAGCUGAUGUUGGUGGUCAAGGGAUGACACAGAGCAGCAAGUCCCUCCUGAAUCCUUGCCAUUUCCCAAGCACUCCACUCAUGGUCUAACCAUCACAGCAACCCUAUCCAGAACGAUCACUCCCACUUUACAGUAAGGAAGAAAGGCUGAGUGAUGAGCCCAGUUCCCAAAGCCAUUAGGGACAACGCCAGGAUCCACACCCAGGCCUCUGGGCACCCAGCCACUGCUGGUGAAACUGCUGUCCUGAGACUCAUUCUGGAGCACGCCCAAGGCCGUGUCUGGUCCCUUGCCUCAGACUCUGGCAUUGGGACAGAUUUUAGCCAAAAGCCCAACCCAGGAGCUACACAGAAAUAACAAAGCAAGUGUCCUUCUGCCUCUCUCUCCAGGAGUAGGAAAGGGGAAAGUGCCCUCCCUCCACCAACCCAGCCAGUGGAUUUGGCUGUCCCUGCCACACUGUUCCCCUCCAAGGCCACCCUGAGGCUGGGACUGCUCCCGGACUCCCUAUGUGUGGAUCAGGCCAGGGUGCUCCUUGCUUUUGGGCCACAUCAUCAAGAAGUCAAGUUUCAUCCAGGCUUGGGAAGUCUGCCUUCCACUUUCCUCCCUGGCAAACACCCCAUCUCCCACUGGUGCCAGACUGGCUGUGGCUCAGACUAGCCAUAAUCCUCCCUUACCACAAGUUUGCCAGUGCAGGUCCAGGCUCUGUCCUGGAUGUGAGGAUGAGGUAGACUGGAUGUGGCCCUCACAGAGUCCAGUUGAUCACAAUGCAGGGUACAGGCAUUCCCACGGAAGCUUUCUGUCUUUGUGUCCCCAGUGAGCCCGCUCCUUUCAGAGGGCCCCACGGGUAGUACUCAUGGGUUUUCUUCGGUUCAGCAUACUUUCCACGGAAGUCCACCUCCACUGUCUGGCCUUCUGGCUGACCUCUUUGCCUUCAUUUGUGUACUGGGAUAACUGGAGCCCAUCCUCCAGCCCAGCCAGGCCAGUGUACUCAGCAGUGACAGCCUCUUUGCGAACACUGAUCACUUGUAGCCAAGACAAGCACCAUUAGCCUGAUGCUGCUCCUACCAGACAUGGUCCCUGAGGAUUGAUUGUUCUCCAGAGGCUGCUCUGCCAUGGGUGUUGAGGGUCAGUGUUUUUUGCCUGGCUAGACAAAGCUGCCCCCAGACGGGGACUGAGUCAGAGAGGUGAGGUCCCUACCCCACCUUGCCUACCCUUUUCCAAAGGCCGUGAACUGCUCCCAGACAUUCAGAGGCUCUAAGUCCAGCCACAAUUCAUUCAUCCUUACCCAGGCCCAAGAAGACAGGGAUCUCAUUCCGGACUCUAAGGGGUGGGAAGAUCUCACAGCAUCAGACAAAUGUGCUUCCUAACAUGUCCCCCUAGAUGUGGGCCCCAUGAUCAGACAGCUUGGGGCACUGCUGACCUAGCCCUUCCUAGGGGGGCUUGCUCGAGGUCAUGCAAUUGGCCAGAGGCCAGCUCAGAGCCUUUGCCCUCCUCUCCUCGCAGCCUCAUGGUGGCUGGGUCAGUGGAAUCCCUACCGGUGCUUAGAUCUCCCAGUUACAAAGGGGACAGUGAGAGAGUUGUCUGGAGACAUGGGUCCAGGCUGCAGAGGCCCCAGCAGGCCCUGGGCUACCAUGUCACCUGAAUGAUUUCCAGGCAGGAAACUGGCUUGCAGAGCAUGUGAGAGAGAAAGGGGAGCAACAGCAGCAGGGCAAGGCGCAAUGGGCACUGUGGUUUGAAGUUAAGUACCCCGAGUUCGGUCUGCUUGGGGACUUACAGCCUUCAUCAAAGCCAGUGGCUUAUUAUUAAAUAAGAUUCUGCCUUUCAACUUCCUAACCCCCUAAGAACAGACUCAUUCUCUGGGAAUCUGGGGCCAUGGAUUAUGUAGGAAACUGGGCCCAGCUCCUAGGUUCCCAUUGACCUCCAGAGGGACAGUCUCGGCAUACGGCUCCGCUGCAGUGCUCAGCAACAGGAGUAGUCUGAGGGCGGAGUGGCAACAAAAAGUGAUCUGACUGGGCCGGCUGGUGCAGCCAGACAGAGCAGUACAAGCACCUUAGGAAUGGAGAGCCAGGGCUCUGCCCCAAGCCCGUCUCUGUUUUUCUGUUUGGACACAGGCCUUGCUGUGUUGCCCAG